GCGCUGGGCAGGGGAAGCCCUUGCCCACUUGCCCAGCGUGGAUUCUCUGCUUCCCUCCAGGAAAACUUAGAUGAGGAUUUUUUUUUUUUUUUAAACAUUUCCUUGCAUGGAUUUUUUUUGUUUCUAAGUGGUGGCGCUGCUCGCCGGAGCUCGCAGACCCGGGGAGGCACCUUCAAUCCGGACGCCGACUUGUAAAUCGCCCACCCGCGGGAGCAGAGGUGCGAGUGGCGAGCGGGGUCCGGCCAGGUGAGCUCGCGUCCACCGGGGAGCGCGCCGCCCUGCCCUCCGCCGGCCUCGCUGGCCCUCCCCUCCCUGCUGCGAGCCUGGUUCCAUUUUUGCAACCACCUCCGAGGUCUGUGGAGUUGGAGAGGGGCUGCCGGUCCUGUCUGCUAGGGCAGCGCCUUCGGAUGAACUGCGUUGCGCACUGAAUCAUGCACGGCUUGACCGAUUCCUCUUCAUUUCGAGGAGAGAAGCCAAGAUAAUUUUUUAUUUUUUUCCUCGUGGGGGAAUGGUGUAGCUCUUUUGCUUCUCUUCCACUUCCAGUUUGUCACAUCUGUCCAUACCCAGCUUCUACUGGAAAACACGUCCCCUGCUGACUGUGUCUCAUCAGGAAGGCUAUGAUGGGAAUGCAUGGGAGAGCUUCCUGGAGGUUGUGUCUAACUCAUUGCCUCAAGCCCGGAAGACCUUCCCUUAGAAGCAGGAGAGCCGUCCAGUGGGGCGUUUGACUCCCCAACCUCAGGCCGCGUCCUGGAAGCGGAAGGAAAUGGAUGAAGGCCGCGCAGGGGUCCCCAGAGGCGCGCUUCCCGCGGAGUAACGGAGGGAGGCCUGCGUGGGGCGCGGGGCGCGGGGCGCGGGGCGCUGGCAUGCUGGACGCAUGGCCCUGGCCUGAGCGACGAUGGUCCGCCGCGGGCUGCUGGCCUGGAUCUCUCGGGUGGUGCUGCUGCUGGUGCUGCUCUGCUGUGCCGUGUCCGUUCUCUACAUGCUGGCCUGCACCCCGCGAGGUGACCAGGAGCAGCUGGGGCUGCCCCGGGCCCACGGCCCCACGGGCAAGGAGGGCUACCAGGCGGUGCUGCAGGAGCGCGAGGAGCAGCACCGCAGCUACGUGAGCAGCCUCAAGCGCCAGAUCGCCCAGCUGCAGGACGAGCUGCAAGCGCGCGGCGCCGCCGCCCAGGACCUGGACCAAGACCGGGCCGGUGGUGGCACGGCCAGCCUGCGCCCCGCCUGGGGCCCGGCCGCCGGAGCCCAGGCCGACCUGCUGGCCUUCCUGCGGGCACAGGUGCACAAGGCCGAGGUGCACGCCGGCGUCAAGCUGGCCACGGAGUACGCGGCGGUGCCCUUCGAUAGCUUCACCCUGCAGAAGGUGUACCAGCUGGAGACGGGCCUGACCCGCCACCCCGAGGAGAAGCCCGUGAGGAAGGACAAGCGCGACGAACUGGUGGAAGCCAUCGAGCUGGCCUUGGAGAGCCUCAACAGCCCCGCGGAGAGCAGCCCAGAUCAGCGGCCCUACACGGCUGCCGACUUCAUAGAAGGGAUCUACCGAACAGAAAAAGAUAAAGGCACUUUGUAUGAGCUCACCUUCAAAGGGGACCACAAACACGAAUUCAAACGCCUUGUCCUAUUUCGACCAUUUGGCCCUAUCAUGAAAGUGAAACAAGAAAAACUCAACAUGGCUCACACGCUUAUCAACGUUAUAGUCCCCCUGGCAAGAAGAGUGGACAAGUUCCGGCAAUUCAUGCAGAAUUUCAGGGAGAUAUGUAUCCAACAGGAUGGGAGAAUUCAUCUCACUGUUGUUUACUUUGGGAAAGAAGAAAUGAAUGAAGUCAAGGGAAUACUUGAGAACACUUCCAAGGCUGCCAACUUCAGAAACUUCACCUUCAUUCAGCUGAGCGGUGAGUUUUCUCGAGGUAAAGGUCUGGAUGUCGGAGCCCGAUUCUGGAAGGGAGGCAAUGUGCUUCUCUUCUUCUGUGACGUGGACAUCUACUUCACCUCAGAGUUCCUCAACACAUGCAGGCUGAACACACAGCCAGGCAAGAAGGUGUUUUAUCCCGUCCUUUUCAGUCAGUACAACCCUGGCAUAAUCUACGGCCAUCACGAUGCAGUCCCUCCCUUAGAGCAGCAGCUGGUCAUCAAGAAGGAAACUGGAUUCUGGAGGGACUUUGGAUUUGGGAUGACCUGUCAGUACCGGUCAGACUUCAUCAACAUAGGUGGGUUUGAUCUGGACAUCAGAGGCUGGGGCGGAGAGGACGUGCACCUGUACCGCAAGUACCUGCACAGCAACCUCGUCGUGGUGCGCACGCCCGUGCGGGGCCUCUUCCACCUCUGGCACGAGAAGCGCUGCGUGGACGAGCUGACCCCCGAGCAGUACAAGAUGUGCAUGCAGUCCAAGGCCAUGAACGAGGCGUCCCACGGGCAGCUGGGGAUGUUGGUCUUCCGGCACGAGAUUGAGGCUCAUCUCCGCAAGCAGAAACACAAGACAAGCAGCAAAACGUCAUGAACGCCUGGGCGAGGAUCUGGAGAGAUAUUUCUUUUCUUUUUUUUUUUUUUUUUUUUUACAAUUAUUGAAAAGGUGGGUGCAAGAAGAAAUAGACUUCCAUUUAAAAAAUGGGAGAAAAAUGUAUCUGUUGAAUAAAAGAGAGAAGAGAGCCUUCCAUUUGCAUCUGGCUCUGUGUGGGGAUGAAAACCUUCACCUUGCCUAUCCCUGAUGCACAGCAGGGAGUGGUGGUGAGAUGCUUUGGGACGGUGUUUACAGCAAAAUGAGAUCUCCCUGAAGUGUUCGUGACUUCAGACCCAUUUUCUAGAAGGUUCAUUCGGAUGGAAGGUGAGCAUGAUUUUCCUCACAUGUGGGAUCCAUAGAAGAGCUGCAGUUUCCAAGGACGCUGAAAAAUCAGAAGGCAGUGAGAGACCCGUGUGAAAUGGGCCAGUGUGUCAUCAUGCCACAACACCCCCCCCCCCGCCACCCCGGGACACUAAGCAAACAAAGGGACCGGGAACAAACUAUAAACAUUGUGUCAAUUUACCCUCAAGACUAACCAAAAAUAAUCAUCUCAUCUAUUUUUUAUCAUCUAAACAUCUCCAUUCAUUGAAAAAAAUGCACUUUUUUUGUUUCUGGGAUAUAUUCUGCUUGAGUUCUCACUUGCAAGCCUUCAUAAGAGCACAAUAUAGCAUAAUCAUUUUUAUAUAUUUUUUAAAGAGUCUUCUCUUCCUCCUCUUUUGCAGAGUUUCUCUAUUGAGCCCAGGCUGGCCUUGAACUUGGGAUCCUCCUGACUCAGCCUCCUGAGUGGCUAGGAUUGCAGGUGAGCACCACCAGGCUUAGUUAAGAAGAGAUUUCCAUGCACAUCAUCAUGAGAACUUUCAGCUACAAGUAUCUGACUGACAGCACACUUGAGGACUUGCCGAACAUGGAUGAACCAGUUCUGGAAACCCAGAUAAAGCUCAGCGUGGGGCUACUGAAUGUGCCUUAGGGGCGCUUUACCUGAAGACUGUCUGAAGGAACAGCUAAACACUGGAGAAAAGGAAAAGACACUUCCAUCUUAACUGAAAGGGAAAAACACUCAAACUGACAAUACCUGGUUAUAUUUAAUAGAGAAAUACUUUCUCCUCAGAAGACAUGGGGGGCCACUUUCUUACCUGUUUAAAAUAAGCCAAAGUUACGAACCAAACAAUCACUUUUCAAAGCAGGGUGCUCUUCCUGGCUUCUGGCUUCCAUAAGAAGACAUGCAGAAAAAAAUAUAUAUUUUGUGAAUAAUCAAUCCAUCAUUCUGGUGAGAUGGAAGAUUUUGCUACAUGUUCACUAACUCUAGGGUAGGUGGAAGUAACUUAAUUAUUUUUAAAAUUAAGUCGCUCUACUCAGUCACCAAGAUGCUUCUGAAAAUUGCAUUUUAUUACACUUUCAAGCUAUUUUUUAAAAAUAAAUACAGUUAACAUUGAGUGGUUUCCAUAUCCAUGUGAGAAUUAUUUAUUUAUUAGCUAGCACCAGAUGCAUGAACUAAUUAUGUCUCCUGAUUCCUUGCUUUCUGUUUGCCCACAGUAAGCUCAUUAUUUAAAGGCUUCAAGAUCAUUCAAGCUGCUUGUGUGCUUUUCUAAAAAAGGCAUUGUAUUGAUUUGUUCUGGUAGUUCAUAAAAUUUAAUUAAAACGCAAGACAUGAAUGAAAGGUGGCUUUGCACAGCUAAUAAAAAGUAUGAUUUGUGGAUUUUA